AUGAAGUUUGGUCAAAAAUUACAAGAAUUUGUUUAUUUUUUAACUACCAAUGAUAAAUAUUCUGAAUUUGAUUCAAGAAAAUCAUUUAAUAGAAUCAAUAAACCCGAUUCCGAAAAUUUAUUAGGGCAUCAUCAUAAUAAUUCUUCAUUAGAAUUAGUUUCUCAUACAAAUGAUGAUACUUCAUCGGCCAAGAAUAGUAAUAACAGUAACAAUAAUUUACAAGGAAUUCAUGAAGUUAAUUUAGCUUGGAGACAUAUAAAAAAUUGGUUACAUAAAUAUUCUCCUGAUUUAAAUAAUUCAUUACAAAGUAAAUGUACUGAUUCUGAUUUACAAGAUUUUCAAAAAGAUUUAUCAAUAAAAUUACCAAAUUGUGUCAUUCAAUAUUUUAAAUUGGUUGAUGGUCAAUAUUCUGAUUUUGAAUCCUCAGGAUUAAUAUUUGGAUUAAAAUUAAUGUCAUUAGAUGAAAUCACUACAGCAACAGAAAAUUGGCGACGAGUAGCUGGUCAUUUAAAUGAAGAAUUGAAACAAAAUUUUAAAUCGGGGUUAACUAAAUUACCUUCUUCACAUUCCAAUUCCAAUCAAUUAACACGGAAAUUCACUUCAACUAGUAAUAAUGCUGAUACUAGUCUUAAUAGUAUUGGUGCUAUUAAUGAUAUAGAUAUGGCAAAUAUUGGACAGGAUCCAAUAUCAACCAGAUCUUCAAUUGAUAUUUCAACCACAACAUCAAGAACAAGUUCCACUCAUAGUACCAAUACCGCAACUUCAAUGUGUUAUAAUAGCAACAUUCUACCACUGACAAAGAAAAGAGGAAUGAAUAUACCUAAACAACGAUCUAUCCCACCAAAUUUCAUUCGAGAGACAUUUGCUCAUCCAAUGUGGAUUCCAUUAAUUACUGAUGGUGUAGGGAAUUAUAUUGGUAUUGAUUUAUCACCAGCAUCAGAAGGUUUGUUAGGUCAAGUGAUAUUAUUUGGACGAGAUUUCGAUUUCAAAUUUCAAAUUUCUGAUAAUUGGGGUGAUUUCUUAUUAAUAUUUGCUAAUGAUUUAGAAUUAGGUAAUUGGGAUUUAAAACAAGAUCGAAAAAAUAAUGAUGGGGAUUUAUUUGUAGGUAAUGAAGGUGAUUUAGUAUUUAUUGAUAAAUCAUCAGGUUUAGAAGUUCCAUAUUUUGAAAUAUUGAAAACUAGAAGUGUGAAAAAAUGGUUAGAUAAUUUACAAAAAUCAACCCCAGAAACAGAUUCUAAUGAACAACAACAACAACAACAACAGCAUGAGCAAUUAUUGGAUGAAUUGAAAAAUAGUCAAGUUUCAAUUUUGACUUUGAGUAAUAAAAAAUUCCAAUCUAUUGAUAGUUUUAUUAAUAAUAAUUUGACAUUAAUUGAUAGUAUGAAAAAAUCAGAACUUGAAGGGAAGACUACAAUAACAGCUAACAAUAAGACUAAAUUAUCAUCACCAUCACUGCCAGUUACAUUUACUAAUAAUGCUAGUAAAAUCAAAAGUCCAUUAUCUCAAGAUGUCACCGAAAUUAUUCUAGAAGGAGGGGAAGAAGAAGAAGAAGAAGAAAAAGAUGCCACCAAUAAGAAAUCUACACAACCAGCACCACGACCAACAACAACAAAAACGAAUAUAGAUCAAACAUUAGAAGAAGUAGAUUUGUAA